AUGUGUUUGGAAACCGGAAGUUCUCAACCGGAAAAACUAGCUUUUUCCAAAUUAACAGAUAAAAAUCAAAUUGUGGCUGAGCUUGAAGAAGAAUUCAAAUAUCGUUUCACAGAUGAAGAUGAAGAAUAUAAAGCCACAACAUCCCAAUCUACACCUCCACCUCCAGCCAUAAUACCAUGGGCUGUACGGCCAAAGAGGAAUUAUGAUUGGUCAAGUAAUAAUCGUGGAGAACACUGGAACAAACACAGACAAAGAAAUUAUCAUGAUGACUACCGCCACUCACGCCGGAGUGGUGGAGGUGGCGGUGGCUACCAGAAUCAAAGAGGUUACUACCAAGAUGAUCGUUAUGGUGGACACUCUGGACACAGCAGACAUUAUCGUGGUAGUCAUUCCUCGUCUUUCUACCCAGGUCAACGUGAAAGCUACAGACACCAUCAAUACAGGAAGAACUAA